CGUUGCCAAGGUUACCACGCGCGCAGCCCAGGGUCCGCAAGCGAAUGUGAAAACGCGUUUAAUAAAAUUUGUUCGCCUCAGUUCUGGCUCAGUUUUUUUCACCUGUAGUGCUGGUUUCGGAAAAGUGGCCAAAGCUGGCAGAAUGCCUCAUUUGAUGAAAUCCAGGCAGAGAGAACCUCUUUGGACAGAGUGGGACAAAAAGGCACAGAAAAGUGGCUUGAGGCACACUGUUUAUUAUGUUGGUGGCGACAAAUACACUGGUGAAUGGCUGGACAACAAGAAACACGGAAAAGGGACAGAAUUUUUGAAGAAAAGUGGGGAAAUUUAUGACGGAGACUGGAAGAAUGGGAAGCGUAGUGGCUUUGGGACACUAAGUGCUCCAGAUCCUGUGACUGCAGAGUAUGUUAAAGUUCAUUCUGGAGGAUGGAAAAAUGGUAUGAAGGAUGGUUUUGGCACAUAUUUUUAUUCAAAUGGUGAGCACUAUGAGGGAGAGUGGAGCAAAGACCAAAGAAGUGGAUGGGGCAGAAUGUACUUCAAAGAUGGUAGUAUAUAUGAAGGGGAAUGGCUCCACGACAAACAUGAUGGCCAAGGAAUGCUUCGGUUAGAAAAUGAAAAUCGUUAUGAAGGCUCAUGGAAGAAUGGGAAGAAACAUGGACCUGGAAAGUUUUUUUAUCUAGAUAAAGGCCAAUUGUAUGAAGGUGUGUGGGCAGAAGAUGUUGCAAAGUGUGGAAGCAUGAUUGACUUUGGAAGAGAAGGUGCUCCAGCUCCUACACAGUAUCCAAUUCCAAAGGUACACCUGGCAGAUCCAACAUCAGUUCUAAACAUUGCACAAUCGAAUCUCAUCAGUGCUCAGGAAUGAAUGCAUUUUUGCCAUAAAUGAUGCUGAUCUGCAAAGAUAGGUGCACCAUUGCCUAAAUUCCAACUGUGCAUUGGGCUUCACAGCAUAGGUAAAAAAAUAUUUAUAUACUGUAUAUCAACAUAUCAUUAAUCAUACUCUAAAUAAACAACUGUUCACAAUCCA